AUGGUUCCAUCUUUGAAACGUGCUCGAACGACUGAAAAUGAUGGAGAAGAAGAGGAGGAGGAAGAAGAGAAACCUGCGCAAUUUCAAGAAAAUCCGAUUGUUCGAAAUGGAGAUGUUUUGAGAUGGAAAUUCGAGAAUUUGGAAAAUUGGGAUGGUAAAGAAAAAUGGAGUGAUGAAAUACGAUUUGGACAAUUCAUUUGGUAUUUAUUUAGUUGUCAACAAGUAUUAUUCAUUUUGAAAAACUCAAUUUCAGGAAACAAGGAAUUCAGUUGAUUGAUGGGAAAUUGAGAUGUUCAACAGUUCUUGUAUCUAGUGGUUUUGAAGGAGAAGGAUGGCUAUGUAAGAUGAAUGGGGAACGAAGAUUGUUGAAACAACGAGGAAAAGGAGCGCAUUAUUCGAUAUCAAUGACUCCAAGACGUCUCUUCAAUAAGUAUUUUGAUACAUCUCGAUUUAAUGAAUUUAUAUCGUGGAGAAAAAUGGAAAUAGGAGGCUUUAUGGAAAAUAAUUCAAUCAUAAUUGAAAAUAUAAUUAACGUAAAAUUAUAUGUUUUUAUUCGAGAAGUUCCAAUUUAUCACGAUUUGACGUUGAAUGUUGAAAAUACCAAGUUUUUUGUCAACAAAGGGGUUAGUACUUUUAUUAUUUAUAAAAUACCAUAUACAUUUCGAAAUUAACAUUUACUUUGCAGCAACUUUGUGGAAAUUCGAGUUUUUUCUAUAACAUAUGUUUCGUCGAAAAUGAAUCAGACAAUUUUGAAUUACCAUUCAUUUCUGCUGAGCUUCUUUGUUUGUUUCUGGCUUCGAUUAAUCAAAUACCAUUAGAUGUAAAUAGUAGGUUUACCUGGAAUCAAGCUGAAACUCGUUGAUUUUCUUCCAGGAGACAACUAUUCCCAACUUAUAAGUCUAGCAUCGUUGUUCACAUCUUCUUCGUUGCAUCACAGAUGUGAAAGAUAUUUGAUUGAAGAAAAAAUGGAAACCAUUCCAAUUAUUGAGAAACUUCGAUUGUCGGAUUUAUAUUCAUACACACUUCUACAGGUUUUUUCAGCAUUUUUUAAAUUAUAAAUAUUUAAACGUUUUAAUUUUCAGCAAAGUUGUAUAAAAGCACUCAACAGCGUGGAUCUAAUUGUGAAUCUUACAAGACACGAAGCUUUCAACUCACUCAAAGAAACUACCCAACUUCCUGUUCUCAAAAAACUCUUGAACUUUCUUUAA